UAAUUAAGGGGUUCAAAGUCGUCGAACAGAGUUAAUAUUCGGCAUUAAUAUAUAUUAGUUUCUAUAUUUUCGAUUACAUGUAAAAAUUAAUAGGCAAAGAGACAUUUUGUCAUUUAUCAUAUAAAACUAUGAAAAAUAUUAACCACAUGGAAUUGAGGUUACAACCCACUACAAUUUUAACUAUGGCCAAAUCGACAAGUUCGCAACAUUGCAUCCUACCCUGCGAGCUUCAGUGCCUGAAGUAAUAAAGUAACCUCAAUUUAAGAUACAUCUUCAACUGGCCUACCCAACAUUAAAUCAAUAGGCAAAUUGACUUCUCUACCGAACAUCAUAUGACAAGGGGGAAAACUGGUGGAUUCCUGAACUGAUGACCUGUAUACAUGCUAACAUAAAGUUUUCUGCACACCAAAAUGUCUAGCCGUGAUCCUGUCAUGUGAAUGGGAAAAGCCUGGGUUCUGGAGAGAUUUAUGGACAAUUAUCUGUCAGAUAGCACUGUAUUUACAAUUGGAGUCAAUACAAGGGCGUCUAGACAGAGAGUCACAAUUGGUAUGUAUCCCUCCUUGACGAUACUCAACUGUGAAUUGAUGCGAUGACAGAAAUUCUAUCCAUCGAGCUAACUGACCUUCGCAAUUUUUGAAUUUAAGUGUGCCCAGUGUUUUCAGCCUUUCCCAGAUGGAGUAUUUUAUGAGUUUGAGGGGCGGAAGUAUUGUGAACACGACUUCCAUGUGCUGUUUGCUCCAUGCUGCGGAAAGUGUGGUGAGUUUAUAGUCGGACGUGUGAUCAAGGCCCUCAACAACAGCUGGCAUCCGGACUGUUUCCGUUGUCAGUUGUGUGACAACUCCUUUGCUGAUACAGGCUUUGUCAAGAAUGCAGGAAGAGCCCUGUGUCGAGACUGCAAUGCCCACCAGAAGGCGAGGGCUAUCGGCAAGUACGUCUGCCACAAGUGUCACGCCAUCAUCGAGGAGGGACACAUCAAGUACAAGGGAGAGGCCUUCCAUCCCUACCACUUCAACUGCAACUCAUGCAGUGAAAAGAUUUGAAACCUGAUUUAUAAAACCUACUCCAGCCAGGCUUCAGACUUCCUUAGAAAAGAGACGACUAUUGAAAGUCAUCCCACCAUGUUUGGGGGAAGUCAACCAGAUCCCGUGACUGCUUAUGGCAGCUACACAACACAGCCCACACAGACGUAUACCCCGCGCAGUAUGCCUGCCGCAAGUCCAAACACGUCCCAGUCGAGCGCCGGCAGCCAGUCCGGGGACCAGCUCAGCAAGACCAACCUCUACAUCCGGGGAUUGAACCCCAACACUACCGACAAAGAUCUGGUCAACUUAUGCACUCCAUAUGGCAAAAUAAUUUCCACCAAGGCCAUAGUGGACCAGACCACGAAUAAAUGCAAAGGUUAUGGGUUCGUUGACUUUGAGACCAACCAGGCGGCCGAACUGGCUGUACAGGCGCUACAAGCUCAGGGCAUCCAGGCUCAGAUGGCAAAGAAGAGCAGGGCUGCAUCAACUUUGCUGCCAUCUGCCGAGCAACAAGAGCAGGACCCAACAAACCUCUACAUCGCCAACCUGCCGCUGUACUUCUCCGAGCAGAACCUCGAGAACAUGCUUAAGGACUACGGGACGGUGAUCUCCACGCGCAUCCUGCGCAAGCCCGAUGGGGUGAGCCGCGGCGUAGGCUUUGCCCGCAUGGAGUCGAAAGAGAAGUGCGAUCAGGUGAUCAACGCCUUCAAUGGAAAGAUUCUGCCAGGAUGCGCUGAGCCUCUGUUAGCGAAAUUUGCGGAUGGUGGAAACAAGAAAAAGGUGCCGUAUAUUCAACCCACAAAAUUAUGGGCCGAUCGGACGGAUGUAACAAUCCCAACAAUUGCAUACGACCAAGCUGCCUUAACUCAAAAUGGGCUGUACCUGCCCUACAGCAUCGGGACCCCAGCUGCGGCGCUCAUGACCCCUGGGCUGCUGCCUCGUUACAGCAUGGCCACCUCGCCCACGACCUACCAGGUCCAGUCCAACCCUGGGGCUUUCGUCACACCGCAGUACAUUAUGCAACCACAGAUGGCACACGUGAGUAAUCAUUACUACGCUGCUCUGGCAAAUGCUGGUUACCAAGUUCCUUACCAGGGGACCAUUUUACAAACAGUUCCACUUGAGGAACACACGGUUGAGGACAUGCAUCGACACUUUCAAGCCUACACCCCCACCCCUGCCAAUCCAACCAUCUUAGUUUAAAAAGAACAUUUCCGAUGUGAUAUGGAGGCUAACAAAGAGCCAGCUACUCACCACGUCACAUGAUCAACUUACUCUCAUCUGAUUGGAUGUUGCUGCUGUCAGACAGAUUUUGAUUGGGUAGAUUAUGGUUUUGCAAGAAAGACUUGAUCUGAUUGGAUGAUUUGAAUUUAAAUUAGAUAGGAUUGGUUUAGGGUGGUGUUACAAUUUCAUUUUGUUUGUUUAAUAUUUUGACAGUGGUUUAUCCUGGAACUGUUUUGUAAAAUGUUUUCUUUCAUGUUUUAUCUAUUUGAUUUUUGUUUCUGCUGAUUUAUGAUUACAAUUUUUUGUCUUAUUUUUUAUUUUUGUAUUGUUUAAUUUUUCAUACUUAUGUUUGAUGAUUAGUGUUAAUGUAGAUAUGCAACUUACAAAAUGAAAUAGCUUUAGGCAACUGUUUUUAUCCAAACUGUACAAUUUGAACUGUAUGAGAUUAUGAAAUAAGUACCUCAAAAAGCUCAUAAAACUCUUUAGACUACAUGUAGUUUUACCAAUAGUAACAUUGACUUGCCCUAAAAUAACAAUUUUCGCAACUUACAUUGACUAUUAUUUUGAAAUAAUUUACAGGGAAUUCCCGUGACAAGUUUUGUCCUACAGCACUACCUAGAAAUAGUUCAUAUUGGCUUGUCGUUUUGAAAUUGAAUUUUGUUUAAUUUGGUGAUUGUAAAAGAAAGAUGUUUGUAAAAGAUUGACUUGAAAUGGACAAGAUAUUGAUCACAUACAAAUAUGCAAAAAACUGUUAAAUGCAUACUGUUGUUUUGUGAAUUGUUAUGUUUACAUUACAGUUUAAGUAAUUGUAUGCACUGGUUUUGAUGUGUACAUACCUGGUGAUUUGUCGAAAACCCAAAGUCUAAAUUGUUAUAGACAUAAAUUGUUGUACAUAUUUUUUUAAGUAGAUCCUAGUGUCAUUUAGUAUAGAUGUUUUUGUGUGAACUAUGUUUGUUUUGAUGACUCUUUUUGGAAAACCUAAUUUUGCCUUUAACAUGAUACAAAAACGUGAAUAAUUUUCGUUCUUUAUCAUGUUAUUCAAAUUUAAAGGGAUAAUAACUGCACACAAAAAUGGGAUGAUUUCUUGAAAGAAUGGGAUUUAAUCUUAAAUAAAUGGGAUUAUUUGAUAUUAAGGAUUGGAAGUGGCAGAGUGUGUAUAAACGCUCAAACUGUGUAUUGAUGGCAGAAGUGUCUUAAGUCAUGUUAUCGAGUUAUCUCUUUAAAUGUUUAAAACAAAAUAAAACAGCAAAAUUGAAUAGUGCAGUAAUUAGGUUUUCUUAUUUUUAUUCAUUUUCAUUUGAACUGUUGCAAAAAGUAAGUCAUUUUUUGUAGCAUCUCAUCAUGUUGUCAAAUAAAAAAAGUUUGUUGCUGGGGUUCUUUUCCAAUUGAAAAUAGUGCUUUACGUUUUGAGUGUUUGUGUGUGUACGUACGUGAAUGAAUUCAAUUUAAUAUAUGAAACAAUCACCCUGUAAAUAUUUGUUCAUUAUUUCAUUAUUUUUGAUGACUGCCUUUUAAAGAAUUUUGCCUUUUCAUGAUUAAUACUUUUUGUGUACAUAAUGUUUAAACGAGUAAAUGAAUUUAUUCAAUUGUGUUGGGGAAAAAUGAAUGUGGAGUAAUUUUACAAUUUCUUUAGUCGUUCGUUUCUUUACUUCUAAAGCAAAUGUGUCUAAAAGUGCUCAUUCAUUUGAUUAAUUACACCAUCUUCAAAUAUUUGUUCAUGUUUUUGACAAUGGAUACAGUCAAAAUGAAGAAACAGUAAACAAUGAGCAAAUUAGUGAUAACGUGUUGCACACAAGUUUUGAUAGAUAUAUAGACUUUAUGAGACCAAAGUUAAUGAUGUAUCAAUCAGUUUUAGGCAAAAUGCUCCACGAUUUGAUGGCACUCUUGUCUGAUUUCACAGAGCUAUUUUCUUGAAUUUCACGGUCCAUUCUGUUGUUCCUUAGAUAUACUUGAUUCAAAAAAGAUGUGCGAAUUAAAACUGCCUCAAAAAUUCUUACAAAGAGGUGGGUUCAGCAUAAAGUUUGACUGUAUCAUUAACUUAUCUGAGGUUCAAAUUCUGUUUUUUUACCAAGAGGGAAACUUGCUUUUGUUCAUUCCAGCUUAAUUAUUUUAUAGUGUGAGUGGAAUCGUCCUUUACAUUUUUUUUUUUUUAUUUACAUGUUGCAUUUGUUGGAUAAGGGAUCAACUAUUUUGUUAUUUUUGUUUGUAAGUUACACUUGAUGUGACUAUGUCUAUGUUAAAUAUGCAGACUUACGGAAACUUAAUCAGGAAAAGGCAUAUUGUACCCAAAGAGAAAAUAAAGAAAAGCGUGAAAAGUGAUAAACAAAUGAAAGUUUUGCAAAAAAGCAGAAUAACUAUAACUUUCAAAUGUGUAUUGUUAAGAGUUUUGUUCAGACCUGACUUUCAUUUAAAAAAAUGGUGCUUUUUGUUUUUUCAGAGUUCUUGGCUUUUUUCUUCGCAAGUUUAUUUUCAUAUUUCUUGUGUUCAUUCUUUUGUCAGCAAAAGCGAAGUUCAGUGUGAAUGUGAGAAUGUGUCAGUGUCGGUUUUGGUCAUUAUAGCAUGUUCAAUUUGCAAUUGUGCCAGUUUUUACAAGAAAUGAUACAGAAACUGUUGUAACUGAGGUCAAUACACACACAAAAUAAUCAAAUCAAAAUCAAAUUGUAUGUUUUCUUGACUAUAUAUUGUAAAAGAUUACUUUUAGUUAACUGAAUUUGCAAUACAUGGAUAAUAGUAUUUCAUAUGAAUAUAUUUAUAUCUACCAAGAUAUUAAACAGCCAAGAGUAUUUAUUCCACGACGAAUGUUACUAACUCAGGCACACCAGUUUCUUGUGUCAUUUUUAAUAAUGUUUCAUGAUUUUGGUAUUGUUUUGGUGUUAAAAGCUAUAUAUUAAUCAAGUACCCACAUGUUAUUAUGUGAGAUAAGAAGGGGUUUGCACUUGAUUUGCUGAAAGCAUUUUUCCAUCUGGGUUUAGUGUUGAAUAUAAUAGCCACUUUUAUGUACAUAGGUUUGUUAAGUUUUACAAAUCUAAUAGUUUUUAUUGAAAGUAGUUAUGUAUAUGUUUUUAAUUUGUAAUUUUAAAUAUAUAUUUUAUCUAUUUUUUGCCUUUAGUGUUUUUUAAUUUAUAUCCUAAUUUAUAUUUUUAUUAUUAAUAUAUAUAGUUCAAAGAGUGUACUGUAAAUUAUUUUAACAUAUUUAUUGGCAGAAAACAGAUGGUAAAAUGCUUUCUCGCAAUUCUAAGUUCGAAUUGCUUUUUCUAAUCUGUAUAGGAAAGGCGUAUGUGUAACCCACAUGCAUUGUAGCUGAGCAUUUACAAUAUUUUGCUUUUUUCAAUAUUAAUUUCUGAACCAGGUGCUAUUGAGUAUAAUCAAUGUUAGAUUUAGGUUUUUAACGGACACUACAACCCAUGUAACCUUAUUAGCGUAUAUCGUGUACUUUGUACAAAGUUUGAACAAAGAACAAGCUGUGAUAUGGAUCAUUUAGAAAGAAAAGGCAAUUUUUUUCAUUCAAAAUACUCAGUUUUCCCCCUCAGUAAAACCUCACUUUCUGUUUUUUUCACACCUUCCUGGAACCGUUGUAGACGCAUACCAUACAUUACUCAUCACCUUUUGUGUAUCGUGUGCAACACCCCUUCCUGGAAUGUGUCUGCCUUUGGUACCAGUUGGUCAAAUCUGCAUCAUCUGAACAGGCCGAUAGUCCUCAGACUUUGAACUGAUUCUUCAGGUUUUAAACUUAAGACUCCAGAUUUUGAACUUAACUUUUCAGUGUCAAGUCUUGUUGUCAUGUUUAUUUUGUUUUCAGAUUGUGAUCUUUGGUCUUCACAGAUGUAAGGCCAGUAAAAGUAUGCCUAAGCACAAUUUUGUCUUGAAACAAAUCGGCAUAUAAAGUAAAGUUGUUUUCUUUUGCUUUACCUUGUUCGAAUUCAAUUAUCCCUGAAAAUGGUGCGAUGACUUAACUAAAUAAUUAAACUAAAUAACUCUUUUGAAAUCCAUUUCCGAUUUUGUAGAAGCUCAUAGAUUCUCUGGAACUGUGUUAUGCAUUUUAUCAGGAGUGGAAACACCUGCAAAAUCAAACUGCGUUCGUAAUUUGCAUAUUUUAUAAACAUUAUGCACGAUAUUGUACUGCUGAGGCCUGUAGAUCAAUAGUAUUGUCUUCCAAUAAUAAACAGCAAUACUUUUUAACUGUCUUCUAAUACGUAACUGUUUUCUUUAUAUUUUUACCACUGAAUUAUUGAAUUGCUAUACAGAAUUGUUAUUUCUUGUUACAGCUGUACUUGUUUUGGAUACAUGUCUGUUUAGAAAUGUUUUAACUAAUUACAACCAUUUAAACUUACAUAAGUCUAUUGUGCUUUGAAAAUCUGUAAGGUCGCAGUUUUACUAAAAUAUAAAAGUUGAUAUGGUAUUCCAAAGGUAGACAUUGCCAAUGUAAUCACUGUAUAUGUACUGUUUGUAGCUUACAUUAUUGGAAUAUAAACUUUUAAGAAACCUUAAAAAAAUAUUUUUUUUAAUUUAGAUUUUAUCCAAGGACAUUUUCCUUCCCUGUAACCAUUUUACAUAUGAUGCAUUCUUUUAAUAUGCAUUUGUACUUUUUGACGAUUUUUUGUGUGUAAAUAUUGUCAUUUUUUAUUACCUUAGCAACCAAUCUACCUGACACAAUUUCUUCUGUUUUCCAGAUUUUUUGUUUGUGCAAUACCAUAAUAGUUAUAUACAAGAACAAGUUUGAGGUACUUAUAAUGACGUAAUCUGGUAUCAAAAUGACCUGGUAUCUUGGUUUUAAUGGUUUCAAACACAUUGUUCAGUUUUUUCGUUCCCUAAUGAAAAAUAUUGAUAAGACUGAUUUUAAAUGGCCCAAUAUGUGUGUACAGAACAGUGGUGGUUCAACAAUAAAUUGUUGCCGUUGAAGAAUGCCUUAAAAAAAAAAAAUAUACUGUUCUACUAUUAACUUGUUUUAAGUGUUUAUGUUAUUGCUGUCUUCUAUGGACUUGUAUAAGACAGAGGUUACGGAUGUCAAAUGGUGUUUAUUUGACAUUUUCUGCUUAUAUUUAGACAUGUUGAAUGUGUAUGAGAGAGUUUGUACAAAUGUAUUUUCAUCAAGGAACCUUUUUGUCAUUGGAAUUGUAAUUGUGAACAUCAUUCUGGAGUAAAUGAAUUGCUGAAAUUA